ACCAACCACAACGUCAGUGGGCCCCUGAAAGAAAUUACCGAAGUCACACUCAAUGAUUAGGUUUUUUUAAUAUUUUUGUUUCUAGAUUUAGAUAUUUUUUUAAUUUUUUUUCACCCUUCCACUUCACGGCCGCAAUUACUUCCAUGCACCAGAGUCUCAGUGGGGUAAAAGGGACCGGAAGUCGGAAACCGCUGUACUGUAGAGAUUAAAAAUUCCGUUUUCGUUCCAGUAUCCCAUCGUCGAACGAUUCCUCCUUAUUCCCUUCUCUCUGCACGCUGUAAAACAUUCCUCUCUUUCUUUAUCCCCAUCCCUGAUUCAAAGAUAUCUCAUCUCCUCCCCUUUCGAAGCACCCGAUCGUGCUAGAUCAAAAACCUAAUUCCUUUCCUCGCGACUUCCGUCGCCUCUCCUCGUUCUCGGUUCGCGGAAUCGGUGGAGGGUUCUUGGGGAAUUCGUAGAUUCGGGCCAGAGUUAGGGUUUUCAGAUUUCUUGAUUUGAAUUGUUGAGGUUUUCUUGGUUGGGGAAAGGAUCGAUGGCGGCGGAGGGGGAGGACGUGGAGUACGAGAGCGAUCCCGAGGAUGCGCCGCUACCGUCGAUGCGGCGGAGGGAGGCAAGCGACGACGAGGACGGGGAGGGUUCGGACGGGAGAGGCAAAACGACGAGGAGGGAUUCUAGGGUGGGGAUUGGAUCUGAUGGCGAGUCGGACGGUCAGGGCGGAGCCCAGGUGUAUGAAGAUGACGAGGAAUUCGAUGACGAGGAAUUAGAGGCGGAGGAAGAAGUGCAGGAAGAACUCGAAGAGGAAGGAGCAGAACUUGAGGAGAGUGCUGGUGAAGCGGGAGGGCGUCAUGGUCCUGUAGGAAAGACUGAAAGCCCUGCCGAGGGGUGGCCGCUGGUAGAACCAGCUGGAGAUGGCCGGAGAUCUGGUGGGGAACCAGUGGGAUAUCGGGGCAAGAAUCAAGUGGAAGAGGAGGAGAAGAAGGAGAACGAGCCGUAUGCGGUGCCGACUGCUGGUGCUUUCUACAUGCAUGAUGAUCGCUUCCAAGAAAAUGGCCGGGGUCGCCACAGGCGUAUGUUUGGUGGGCGGAAAUUGUGGGACCCAAAAGAUGACCGUGCCUGGGUGCAUGAUAGGUUUGAAGAGAUGAACUUGCAAGAUGCACAUUAUGAUGAGGAAAGGAGAAGAUCCAGAGGUCGAUUUAGAGGCCGUGGUAGUGGCAAAAGAAGGGGUAGUGAUCGUGGUUAUGCUAGAGGUAGCAGAUCUCAUGCUUACUAUGGUGAUGGUGGCAACCCAAGCCGUGCUCCAAAGACUGUAAGAGGGAGAGGGCCAAAAUAUUAUGAACCUCUUCCAAAACGUAACAGCGAGAUCCCUGCAAUUCAAAACAAGCAAUGUGUAAAACCUCAAGAGCCAACAGCCAAUGCUAAUGCAGGGAGACCCUCUUCGCAAACCUCAAAUGUGCAACCAGAACCAGUAGUUCCUAGGAAGCAAGUUUUUCCUUCGAGUUUAAGCUCUGCUUCUCCUCCGUUUUACCCCUCUGGGUCAGCCAGUCAAGAUAUCUCCAUGACUCAGAAAGGCAACGCACAAUUUGGAAGUGCCAACAAGACACUGUCAUCUUCGAUGCAGAUGGAGGAUAAUUUUUCAGCUUCACAAUCUGGUUCAUUGUCAAGAGGGAAAAUGAUUGUUGAUUCCCUAGCUCAUGAUAGAUUAUGUGUUGAUGAUUCUUUUCGACGAGUUGCUGGAAAAGCGAUGGCUGGUUCCCCAUUGCAGUCUUCUGGCUUUUCUUUUUCGUCGACCAAUGCUGGUCAAUCUUCAAGUUCCAGGGUUCAGGGGAGGGGUGUAAGCAUCGGUGGACUGCCAAAUAAUCAAUCUGCCUUGUCACUUGAUCAAGCUGCAAGAAUUUCUGCUCAAAUCCAGCCCCCAAUAGUUCAACAGAGACCAGUUCAAACUCCAAAUCAACCUGCAUUACGAAUUUCCCCUCAGCAGUUUGGUCAGCGGUCUGGCAGUGGAAAUCAAGCUUCCUCUUCAUCUCAACCUCAAUCAACAAAUUCAUCUGAAGCUGGAGAGACUGAUUCACCUCCAGGAUCAAGUAAAUCCAAGACGGCAUUGAUUGGAAGCAGUAAAACUAGCAGUCAAGGAACUGGAAGGGGCUCUGUUCAGUACAGUGGAGCUCAGGUUAUUGGAGCAACUGGGACUGUGGGCCUUGCCCAUGCUGACCAGAGCUUUCCUGGUACUCCAGCACUGUUGCCAGUUAUGCAAUUUGGUGGCCAACAUCCUGGUGGUCUUGGGGUUCCUGCUGUCGGUAUGGCCCUGCCAGGAUACGUCGCUCAACCACAGCUUGGUUUUGGGAAUUCUGAAAUGACUUGGGUGCCAGUAUUAGCUGGUGCUGCUGGGGCUUUAGGGGCAUCAUAUUGCUCGCCCUAUAUAGCACUUGAUGGUAGUUAUAUUGCCCGUCCUUCAGGACAGACAUCUUCAUCAGUUUCUUCCAGGGAAACUAGUGCAACUAAAUCUGCUAGUUCCUGGAAAUCUCCUCAGAGACCUGAGAUAGUGAAUGAUGAAUUUGGGCAACACCAGAACAAGCCCCGUAGCAGAUAUUCAGAGAUGAACUUUGGCCAGUGAAGUACAUCCGUAAGCUUGUGUUUGAAUAAGCACCUUAAGGCCCAUUUCCUAGCCCUCUGUGAUUUUCACCUAUCUGGAGCGCUUUGGGCUACCUAGUGUCCCAAAUUAUUCUAGCUACAUAACGCCUGUUAUUGCUCGUUGCUGUGUGAGAACAUAUUAUGCAGCAGGGUGGGUGGCACUCUUGUUUGCACCGUGGUAUUGUUUAGUUGUUGAUAGAAGCUUGUGAGAAAUGUGACAAGCUUCUGUUAGGAGUGAAGGGAAGGGUUGAAAAACAAAUUGCAGUGGUUGUUAGGUUUACUUUCUACUAUGUUUUGCCGUGAAGUGUUGUUGGGUAGAACUGCUUGUUAUAUGAGCUAAUAUGCACCUUGUUAAUCUGAUGUACGCUUGGUUAAUUUGACUUGUUAAUCUGAUGUACACUUGGUUAAUUUGAUUGGUGUAUAUAUUAUAUUAUACAGUGCUCGA